GUGUCAGUAUUUGUGCCAGAUGGGGUACGUGAUAACAGGGCGCUUAUGAAGGACACCGCGGUGCCUACGGCUCUACUCCGUAAGGUGCGGCGGGAGCAGAUUGACAUAACAAAAGCGCGCGCAGAAGAGAAAGAUCCUGACGCGCCUGCGAAUCUGGUGUGUCCUUGGAUGGCUCGGACUCCAAGUCGGACCAUGUAAAAAGGACAUCAUUCAAUUUGGUGAUUCGAAUUGAUGACAGUCCAAGCCGGACCGCCGCUCCAGCGUUGUCUGCGAUGCUGAAAAGCUCGCAACCACAGCUCCCUCUAACGUUUUUUUUUUUUUGCCUAUUGAUGAUCAGGCUUUGAAACACUUAAGACUGAAGUAGCUUCGAAAUCUAUACUUCACUGAACGGGAUUCAAUGUAUGGAUUGUUAGAAUGUAGGAAUAGCACCUGUUAGCUUCACGGGGGCCUCAUCACUGUUCAUUGAGAGCGACAUCUGGGAAGGUGGGAUAAAAGAUGAACCGCAAUCCGCAUCGUUAGAAUUAUUUACUAUUUUUAUGUAUUCGUUUAGAUCGCAUUGCUUGCGGUGUUAUGCUCAGCCCACACCAGCACCUCCGUGGCAUGUUUUUGAUGUUGACCCCCUAAGAAACAUCAGUGAACAACUGCUAAGGAGUUGAGCCCAAAGCAGAACAAGAGACUCGCCAUCUGUUCUUUUUGUAAAGAAUUGAUGAAGACGUCUUAUGCAGUGAAGACGGUGAAGACAUCCAGGCACUUUUGACCUAGCGAGAAAGAGGUAGAGAAAGACCGAAAGAAAGCGAAAGAUACAAAGAGAGAGAGAGAGUGGAAGAGAUAAAGAAAGAAGAAGAAAGAUAGAGGGUGAGAGGGAGAGAAAUAGGGCAAUCGAGAGGGGGUCGUUUCAUCCGCGAGAAAAUCAGAGAAGAAUCAAGAGACAUGUCAUCUGUCGCAACACCUCUGAAUUUCGCUCUAGUCUUCCUGUCCCUCUCCGGCUGGCAUGGACCACAGACGGUGGUGGCAACGGUGCCGGCAGCCCCAGUCAACGUGUCUGUGAGCCAACUGAGAGCCAACUCUGCCACCAUCACCUGGAGUGUGCCACAGGGGGACGACGUGAUUGGCUAUGCCAUUUCCCAGCAGAGGCAGGAUGGGCUGAUGCAGCGCACCAUCCGAGAGGUAAACACGUCCAGUCGAUCGUGUGUGUUGUGGGAUCUGGAUGAAGACAUACACUACAGUGUCCAGCUCCAGUCAGUUGGUUUGCAGGGAGACAGCCAACCCAGCCAAACUGUCCACUUCAGAACCCUGGAGAAGACUGAUCACUACCCGGCCGGAGUCCUGGACCAUGAUGACCCCACUAUGGAAGGCCUGGACCUGACCCAUCACCUACAGACUGGAGAGCUUCUCAUCAUUACCACUGUCUUGCUGUUGUGGGCAGCGGUGAUAGUGCUGUUCUGCCGGCAGUAUGACAUCAUCAAAGACAACGACUCGAGCAGCAGUAAGGACAAACCCAAACGACCCUCCGCCCAGACCGCGCCAUCCUACUACAACGAGGGGGUGGCCUCCUCUCAAAGCACGCCACUAUACCACAAUGGAGGGGUACAGAGUGGCAAGUUCCACAGAACUUCCUGUUCCAUCAGCAUCGUCAGAGUGUGAUGGAGUGAUGCAGGUGUUGGGUCAUCCUAACAACCAUACAGAGUGGGUGGGUGGAGCUACCAGGCGUGUAGACAUGGCAACCACAAACCACACCCUCACCUGGAGAAAGUGACAUAUGAGAGACUAGGAGAUCUGUUUGUCUGGACUUCGGUUGCAGACGUUUACUCAGCUGAGACACUGUGUAUGAUGAGACUUAAUGAGACUUUGUACUGCCCCUAGAGACUAGGAGGUCCCACUGCAGGUGUUCAUGUCAGGACAACAGGAAAAUGAACCAGGAUUCUCUCUGUGCUUUUCUUGCUGUUUUUCUUUAGUAAUAAUAUCUACAUGUAUAAAAUCCAUUUAACAUAUAGUUACAGAAGUAUACAACAUCAAAUUCACGUGGAACUGUAUGUGAAUGAAUGUCUGAAAGAUUGUGGGAGGCAAUAAGUAAGUGAAUGACUGUAUGUGUGUGUCAUCAUCUACAGCAGCUCCUUUGUGGCUUGCAAACCAGCGAGCAUGAUGCAGUAUCUUGUAAUAAUGUCAAUUCAAUUUCACUCAUGUCGUUUGACACACCACUCAUUCAUGACUAACUCAGAUUCUUAGCUGGUCAGAAAUAUAAAUAUUUUGAAUAGCAUAUCUAUAAUAGCUAUAGUUUUUAGAAAUUUGUAGUGUGAAAUACACGGCUACAAGCUAUUCUCUGCUUGUG